AUGGAGAGUAGUAGUGAUUCUGGAGCUUCCAAUUUCAGAAGGAAAGAUGUGAUGAAAGUUGAUGGCAAAUGUAAUUGUGGACUCAAUGUGAUGUUGUUGGAAUCUGACACUAUGAACAAUCUUGGGAGAUGGUGGUUGGUGGGUUUGGCCAGAACACUAAUGGGACAAAAGAAAGAUGACAUUGAAACUACUACUCAACUGAGAGAAUUCAGAGGAAACGAUAAUAAUGAGGCAAAGAAGAAGAUUGUGACGAAGAUGGGGAAGCUUAAAGCGGAAAUUCAAUAUAUGAAAGUGUGGCUUGUUAUGCUUUCUCUGGCAACAACAAGUCACAUAACUCUGUUCAUACACCACGGUGGAAGAUUUGUGAGAUAUAGUGAUGGAAAUAUUGAAUAUGUUGGAGGUGAUCUUAACGAAUUUAGAAGGGUUAAUGUUGAUUCGCUAAACAACUUCUUCAUCAAGGGUCUCCUAACGGAUAUUGGGUAUACGCUUGUGAACGAGUGUUAUUGGCUGAAACCUGGUAAGGAGCUUAAAGAUGGGUUAAAGUUACUGAGGACUAACAAUGACAUAAUUGAGAUCUAUUACUCUUCUUUUCUCAUCAGCAAACAAACAAAAGAACAACACAACACACACGCAACUUCAGCUAUUACUCUUCUUUUCUCAUCAGCAAACAAACAAAAGAACAACACAACACACACGCAACUUCAGCUGAAAGGAAAAGAAAGAAAGAAAUGGAAAGAAGAAAGGGGGCCGUGGGAAGAGGGGGAAGAAGAAGAGGGAGGCGGCACGGUGGGUGUCACUGCCGCUGCCGCUGUUGACAGAAGAAGAGAGGAGAUCCGAGAGAGUAUAGCGCUGGUGGAGGAGGAAGGAGCUGCGCCAGCCUCGCAAACCACUGCUGCGUCGCAUCUGUCGUCGUCUUCACAGGUUCCCGUCGCCAUUGUUGUAGCUGUCCGCGCCGUCGUCCUCGCCGAAGGGAGCCGGCAUCGCCGUCAUCCAUGGGUGAAGCAGAGGAGAGAGAUCCGCGAGGAAGGGGGGACCGCGACCUGUUCAGCGACGCCAGAUCCGCCGCUGCCGUCGCUGAGAUCCACUGCGGGUCGCCGCUGCCGCUUGAGGUGGCUGUCGGGGCUGCCGCUAGAUCAGUUCAGGGGCUGCCACUGCUCUGUUUUCUUUUACAGAAUUAGAAACCGAGUUUGCAUAUGGCGUUUGAGGUUGUUUCUACUAUUGAGAAAGCAAGCGGAGCUGAGGUUUUGGUUGCCGUUGAGUUCAGGUCGAGACGGAAGGAAUUUUGUGAGGCACUUGGGUUAUGGUUUCAACGUGUCGAGGUAAUUUCUGGCUAAAAUUGGCUAGUUUUGGCAAAGUCUGAUUCAGAGGCUAAGAAAGGAGUGUAGAUGCCAUCAGAUCCUGAACUUCAUGAAUUCAAACAAGCAUUUCUGGAGUUAUAGAGGUUCAAAUGAUAGGUUUUCAAUGGAGUUGAAAAGCUAACUUUCAAAACUUUCCAGCAAUAUAUAAUGGUCUAUACUUUUCUAUAGAGGGGACUGCCCAUAUUGGGCAUUGAACGCCUAAGUCACCCCCUUUCUGGCGUUCAACGCCCCAAGAGGAGGCAAGCCAGCGUUGAACACCCAAAUCACCCACUUCCUGGCAUUCAACGCCACCAAGGAAGCACAAGAUAGUGUGGAUUACCCCCUAAUGGGCGUUCAACGCCCAUUCCUCAAGUUGGUCGCCAAGCUCAGCCCAAGCACUCAACCAAAGUGGGCCCAUGAGUGGAUCUUCACACCUAUAGUCUAGUUUAUCCUAUUUUUAUACUUCCUAGUCAUUAGGUUAGUAUAUAUAGGAGAAGAUUACCCAUGUUUAGGAUCUUCUUCCCCCACAUUCAAAUUACAUACUAUUUUCUAUACAGUAUGAGCAACUAAACCUCCUAGGUUAAGGUUAGGAGCUCUGU